AUGUCGUGGCAAAUCCUCUCUACCAUCACCGAAGAUCGCACCAGUGUCGAAUCCAAGGCUUCCGUUCGCCUCAAAGGUACCAAGGGUGGGAAAGCCCACCUUCAGGGCGAUGUCACUUUGCUUAGCUGGAAGGACGAUCAAGGCCGGGCUAUUCCUUACAAUGGGCUUCCUUCGUACAUGCUGCGACUUGAUGCAGAACGCUUCAACGACAAGCCGGUCCCCGGAGGCAAAAAGCGCUACGAGAUUCGGCUUCCACAGAAAGUGUGGGUUACGGAUCAACCAGUUGUGAGGACAACUCGACACGGCAACCAUCAAGUCUUUGAAACCAAGAUGACGCUGAGCGAGGAGACGGACGAGGGUAUCAAGGAAAUCUUGUUUCGCCUCCCCAUUAGAGAUGAUGGCAACAAAGAUCCACAUGAGCUGUUCUUUGCCGCUCUCACCUACGCAGGAAGCCACCAAUUCUAG